AUUGGACUAUUUUCUCAAAGGACCAUGUGUUUUGUGUAUUGGUUUUUAGAAUGUAGUGCUUGGAAAAUUUGGAAGAAAUGGACGUAGUCUCACCAUUACCAUCUCAAAUGUGUCAAUCAUCUGCCAAUUCUUCCCAAAUAUCUUACAUUCCUCAAGUUAAGAAUGACGUGAUACCGAAAAUUAAUUAAGAGUUGGUCUUUUUAGACGCCGUUCAUAAGUUUUACAACAAUUAUGGUAAAGAGUCAGGAUUUGGUACGCGAGAAUGGUCUAGCAGGAAGAAUGGGGAUAAAGUAGUCAUUAGGAAAGAGUAUGUUUGCUACAAACAAGGUCACUCGGUGCCCAAAAAACCUGUAGAAAAUAUUGGAACCUCUAAACGGCGUCGGGGGAUAAUUAGAGAGGAAUUCCAUGUCGGCAUUUGUUGGAUUACUACAAUAGAAUGCAGAUUCUUGAUUUGUCUCAUGAGUUAAUUUUGGCGAGGUGGACUAAAUCCGCAAAAAUUAAAACAGUUGUAAAUGACGUGGGUGGGUCUGUUCAACAAAUAUGUGACACUUCUAUGUUCGAAAGGCGAAAUAAGCUCUUCAAACUUGCUUCUAGUAUAAUUGAUGACGCCAUAUUAACUGAAGACGGAAGUGAGCUUUUGGAAGAUGCUUUGUGUUCGGUUCGGAAUAAGCUAUGUGCCAUGAAUCUUGGAAGCGAAGGUGGAAAAUUGAGUGCUAGUGCUACCCAAGUGUCUAUUCCUCGUGAACAUAUGUUUAAAGAACCGCUCCAAGUUAGGGCAAACAGUUGUGGUAAGCGAUUGAAGGGAGGAAAAGAGAAGGCGGUCAAGAAGAGUAGGCGUUGUAAUAGUUGUGGGUUAAUAGAACAGUCAAAUAACAAAAGAAAUUGUCUAAAACUUCGCAACAUUUCUUCACAAGAUGUUAGAAUGAGUGAUGACGAGGACGAGGACGAGGACGAUGAGUCUACUACUGUUAUCUUAUUUUGGUUAAGAUUGGUUGAAAAUUUGUCUUGUUUGAUGUUCAUGGCUGGUUGCUUCUAUCUUAUGAUACUUACUGAUGUUACUGAGUUGGUUGCUAGUUUUUUUAAGCUGUCCAGAUUUGGUUGUAUUAUCAUUUAUACACUUUUGCAGCACAUGGUCACUAUAUGGAGCAUUUCUAGUGAAAACUUUCCAUUGUGCUUGAAGACAUUUUGGCUUCAAAUCCCUAAUAUUGCAACAAAAACCCUGAAAUAUGGGCACAUGGAAUAG